AUGGCCAUGGAAACGUUGCGCCCAACCCCUCCCACUCACCUCGCCUCCAUUAAAAGAACCUUCACCAAGCUCCUCCGCCUCCGCCGCUCCUCCGCCGCCGAUGAAGACGACGCCUCCUCCACCAUUAGCGCAAAGCUCAAGCUCUACGACGACGAGCUCGAGAGGAAGACGAAGACGAAGAAGAAGAAGAAGAAGAAGCUCCCACCGUUAAUGGCGGAGAGGGACGAGGCGGAGUCCCUCCUCGCGGCGCUUUUCGCGAGCGUCUCCGCUAUCAAAGCCGCCUACGCGCGGCUCCAGCUCGCGGAGUCGCCCUACGACCCCGACGCGAUCCACGCCGCGGACCGCGCAGUGGUCGCCGAGCUCGUGCGCCUCUCCAAUCUCAAGCGCUCCUACCGCAGGGACCUCCCCCGACCACGCCCCGAUCCCUCCGCCGCCGAGAUCGAGGAGCGGCGCCACCUCAUCGCCACCUACGAGGUCACCCUCCGAGCCAUGGAGAGCGAGAUCGAGCUCAAGGACGCCGAGAUGGGCUCCCUCAGCUCCGAUCUCCUCGGAUCGGAGAAGCUUUGCGGAGCCCUAGAGGCGCGGCUCCGCCACGGGCGCUCGAUCUCCGCCCUCGACGGCCUCCACCUCUCCGGCCUAAACCCUAGCCACUUCCGCACCGCCCUUCGCUACACCCUCAGGUCCAUCCGAUCCUUCGCGAAAUCCAUGGCGACGAAGAUGGAAUCCGCGGGGUGGGACCUCGACGCCGCCGCGGCCGCCGCUGCCGACGUGCGGCUCCGAAACCCUAGCCACCGCGCCCUCGCCUUCGAAUCCUUCGUCUGCCGCGUGAUGUUCUCCGGCUUCCACCGCCGCGGCUUCGAUCUCCUCCGAUCCGAGUGGGAUCGCGCCCGCUUCUUCCGCGAGUUCGGGGAGAUCAACUCCUCAACGCCGAAUCGUGCGCUCGACGAGAGGACCUCGCGAUCGCCCCUUGGGCAGUUCUACAAGGCGAAGUACCUAGGGUUAGUGCACCCGAAGAUGGAGGCCUCUUUCUCUAAGGGGAUGGAUCAGAGGGAGAUGAUGAAGUCGGAGUUCUUCGCCGAGUUCGCAGAGAUGGCGAGGAGGGUGUGGCUCCUCCAUUGCCUCUUCUUCUCCUUCGACAGGGAAGGAGAGUGCGCGGAGGUGGGGUCGAUCUUUAGGGUUAGGAGGGGUGAGAGGUUCUCAGAGGUGUACAUGGAGAGCGUCGCGGAGGAGGAGGACGACGACGACGGCGAAGGAGAGGAGGGGAGGUGGCCCACCGUGGGGUUCACGGUGGUCCCGGGGUUCAUGAUCGGGCGGACCGUUAUACAGUGUAAGGUCUACCUACAGUAUCGAAUCGGACGGUUGUGAUUGGAAGCACACGGGGCAUCGAACGGCAACGAUACGUCUGUGGAAGCAAAGCAACUGGUAUGUAAUGUAAGGUCCAAAUCCAAUUGCGUUGGUCCCAACAGCCUGAGUUAUGGGUGUAAACAAGCCAAGCUCAAGCGAGCUGAUGCGAGAUCGCAAGGUUCGAUCUCGAGCUAAGAGCUUAGCUCGUCAAACUUUUGAAUCAACUCGAGCUCAGCUUGUUGGCUCGUUGGCUCUGUCAAGCCUCCGGUUUCAGGGGUUUGGAACGAGCCAACAUUGAGACAUAUGCUGGUGCGUCUAAGUCAGAUUUGGAUCAACUGGGCCGAUCUGAACCUACUUCCUGUCGCCAUCCCUAGCUAAGAAGUGUGUAUGAUGAUGGAUAGCACCGUAACACAGUACAAUGAUAUAUUUAACCUCUAUUCCUUCAUAUAAUAUUCUUUUUAGUAUGUUAUCUAUGUUGAGAAAUUCUAGCUUUCAAGGGAGAGUUCUUGAGAUGAUUUUAUUAAGAUAAGCUUUUGUAAUCAGAGAACUCAAAUCAAACAGUGCUUGUGCGGAA